GCUUUCGACACUGGUCCUCUCCCACAAUAGACUACCUCGCUGGACUAACGUCGAUCACGUUGGACGACAGUCCUCUGACUACCGCGCUCCUUGCACGACACCCUUCUAUCUGCCUACACCACCCAAGAGUACCAAGCUCAUGCACAAGCCCAUGAGCCGAGCAGCACCCAUACGCAAUCGCAACAGCAGUGCGGCGUCGUCCACAGCUCUCCGUGAAUCCCAAGCGUUCCGCUUGACAAAUGCCGAUUUUGCGGGGUAUGUGUACCGGUUGAGCAAGAAGUGGAAGCGCCGCUUCAUGGUGCUGGAAGGUCGAGACUUAUCGUAUUACGGGAACGAAACGGAGGCAAUGGAGCCAUCGACACCACCCAAGGGCCGCAUUCGGGUUUGUGCCGCAUUCCACUGGGGUGAAGUGAAUUGCGGGUUGAUCAUCGUGUCGGCGUCCGGCGACAUGUGGAAAUGCUACACAGAGAUGACGAACACGUCCGAGAAGUUGCUCGUUCCGUUGACGCAGAUCUCGGAGGACUGCCGCGCGUUGGCGAUCAACAUGUCGACGACGAUGACGACCAGCGAUAUUUCCAGCGAUGAAUUGAUGGGAAUUCGCCAGACGUGCAACCCCAAGUCCAUCGACGACUUCAAGUACAAGCACAACUGCGUGCCGCUGCGCACUCGCCAGGACGUGAUGAAAGGCUGGGUCGAGAAGCGCGGGAGCCGUAUUCGCAGUUGGAAGCGACGGUUCUUUAUCCUUCGGGAAAACCUGCUGUCGUACUACGACAUCAACUUAGAAGGCCAACCGCAAAAGGGCGGCGAUGUCGUGCUCUCGAUCGAGAACAGCACGGUCAAACCGAACGGUCUCGAGUUCAAAAUGACCAACGGGCGAUCUCUGGUCGGGUUUACUGAAGAGGCCGACGAUCACGCUCGAUGGCUGUCCCAGCCCUUGCAUCAUCCCUAAAUGCCCCAGACGAUCGUCUGCUUUCCGUGUCAUUCCGUGAAAUGUGGCAUUUCAAAAUGAAUACUAUCCAACGAAGUGCUAUUAACUUGAUUCAUAUCAUGCUUCUUCGAGUCGCUAAACUUGGCUUGUGGCCACGGGGCUGCUCAAAGCAAACACACCGUCCGUUGCGGUGUCGAAGUGGCAAUCCAAAUCGUCGACCUCGACAACUGGUCGAUCCCAGUCAUCUUGUAGAUCAAACGCAAAGUCUGCCAGUGAUGCCUCCGUCUCUCGCUCUGUCCAGGAAGGUGGCCCUGCCGAAUGCUCCAUGCGGUGGCCAGACACUUGAAGCGCUCCGUUCGCAAUCACGGAAUGAUAAUCGUCGUCGUCGAUGACGAAUGUCGACUCGUCACUGAACCGACGCGUGGUCUCAACAUCCUGGACAGCGUCGAUACAUCGUUGCAAGCGUAGUGUGAGCGGUGUCGAAAUCGCUUCCAAGAGGACGGCAGUGCGCGUGCUCUCAAUUGUGGCCAGGAUCGGACGAAUGUCAUCUUUGUUGCUACGUCCACAAUCUACGAGGUGCAGGUGUGUCUGGAAGUCGUUCAUGUAUUGCCAGUAGCGUUGAAUGUCCAACGACGACAAGAAUGACAGCAGGGACUCGCCGUACAGCGCGGACGCGUCGUCGCCACCGCCAAGAACAAAGUACUUUGGACUUCCCUUCGUGGCAAAGAUAAACUCGCCCGUCGGGAGGCAGUACCCCACACACACGCCUUGGACACGCAUGCGCAGCAGCACCGUCGUUUGUGGAUCGUCGGUAACGUCAGGGUUCAUGGACGGCGGCAAUUCUGACCUGGCCCACCUUCGUCGGCACUGGCUUUGGUGGCGG